AAUUCGAACAUGCUCAGCACCGGGUCUGUGAUUUCUCAUACCACUUGUCAUCAGCACUUCGUCACUCAUGACCCUCUUGUAACGUCUCGACCACACAGUGCCUUAAAUGAGGAAGAAUGGCACGAUGCAGUUGAUGCGGCACUAGAGAAGGAAGAUUUGGAGAAUCGACGUGUCGAACGGCUGUUGUCUAAUAACCGCUCUUCUGCUAAACUCAAUUCCUUUGACCGGAUUGCUCUUAGCUGCGAUCACCCGCUCUAUGCUGAGAUCGACCGAAUAACCCAAGAGCAAGUGCGAUACGCCAAGCUAGGAGUCAGUGAGGGUGUAUGGCAGUUGUUUUCAGAAGACGGCGAGAUGAAGAUGUACCGCAGAGAACUGGAAAUCGAAGGCCUCGUCUGUGAUCCACUGAAGGCCGUGCACACUGUCAAGGGCGUCACUGCGCUGGAGUUUCUGCACUACUUUUUCGAGCCGGAGUACAAGCUGGACUGGGACACGACGCUGGAAGACGUGCACGUUGUGGAGACGAUUGCCGAUGAUACUAUGGUUAUUCACCAAGUACACAAACGAAUUUGGCCGGCCAGUCAGAGGGAGUCUCUUUUCUGGUCGCACAUCCGUCGCAUGGACAUGAUGGCUGAUCCUGAAGCGCAUGAUCUCUACGUUGUCUGUAACCACGACACGGUGACGUCCAAGGUUCCGGUAAGCAGUGUCAACAGUAAAACGAUUAGGGUUGGUUUGACGAUUGCCAUGGUCUGUCAGACAUUUUUCACCGAAAAACUGGUUAAUGGAUUCCCACGAAGUAGAGACUCGUUGGUCUGCAAGAUAACUUACGUUUCACAAGUGAACCCUGGUGGCUGGGCGCCGUCAUCUGCGUUGCGCGCUGUGUACAAACGAGAGUACCCGAAAUUUCUCAAACGAUUUACGAAUUAUGUAUUGCAGAAAAUAGACAAGACAGAAAUUCGUCUUCACUGA